CAGGGGCGAUGUGUUCAGCAUGGAUGGGAAUGAGCUGCUGGGUUGGAAGCCACACCGACACUGCCAGAGUGUCAUCCAUCAGUGCCCAGAAGUGUCACCCAUCAGUGCCCAGCAGUGUCGCCUGUCAGUGCUGCCCAGCAGUGCCACCUGUCAGUGCCCAGCAGUGUCGCCCAUCAGUGCUGCCCAUCAGUGCCUCCAGUUGGUGCUAUCAGUCAGUGCCGCUUAUCAGUGCCCAUCAUUGCUGCAUAUCAGUGCAUCAUCAGUGCCUCCUCAUCAAUGCCCACCAGUGCCGCCUCAUCAGU